ACGGAGUGGAGAGUUAUUUGUGUUCGAAGAGGGAGAACGGGUGCAGGAACAGGGGGGUGUGUUUGGGUAAACGAACGUUGCACGGUGUGCAUGAUCAGCAAGCUGGCGGACUUCAAUAUGGCAUCCGGGGAUACACUAUAUAUUGAGACAGACGGCUCGGAGAUGCCGGCUGAAAUUGUAGAACUGCACGAGAUAGAGGUGGAAACGAUACCGGUGGAAACUAUCGAGACUACGGUGGUCGGUGGAGACGACGACGACGACGACGACGAGCAACCCAUGAUAGCACUUCAGCCGUUAGACGACCCAAAUUCAAUCCACCACCACCAAGAAGUAAUAUUAGUGCAAACUAGGGAGGAGGUGGUGGGCGGAGAUGAUUCGGACCUACAUGCAGAUGGAGGUUAUGACGAUCAGAUCCUCAUUCCCGUCCCAGCACCUGGUGUGGAGGACGAGUACAUUGAACAGACUUUAGUCACUGUGGCAGGGAAAAGCUCUGUUGGUCGGAUGAAGAGAGGAGGUGGCAGUGGAAAGAAAACAGGCAAAAAGAGCUAUUUAAGCGGUGCAGAAGCAAGCAGUAGAAAAUGGGAACAGAAGCAAGUGCAAAUAAAGACACUGGAGGGGGAAUUCUCUGUCACAAUGUGGGCGUCGGAUGAUAAAAAAGACAUCGACCAUGAAUCUGUGGUGGAGGAACAGAUUAUCGGGGAUAAUUCCCCUCCCGACUACUCUGAAUACAUGACAGGGAAAAAACUGCCGCCUGGUGGAAUCCCAGGGAUCGACUUGUCAGACCCAAAACAGCUGGCCGAGUUUGCCAGACCCCUCAGUAACUGUGAGGGUGCCUUUGGUCAAAAUCCAGUCCGGAUGAAGCCUAGGAAAAUCAAAGAAGAUGAUGCACCCAGGACAAUAGCCUGCCCUCAUAAAGGAUGCACUAAAAUGUUCAGGGACAACUCUGCCAUGAGAAAGCACCUCCACACCCACGGGCCUCGCGUGCAUGUCUGUGCAGAAUGUGGCAAGGCCUUCGUAGAGAGCUCCAAACUAAAACGACACCAACUUGUUCAUACAGGGGAAAAGCCCUUCCAGUGUACCUUCGAGGGCUGUGGGAAGAGGUUUUCACUGGAUUUCAACCUUCGCACACAUGUCCGGAUCCACACUGGAGACCGGCCUUAUGUUUGUCCUUUUGAUGGCUGCAAUAAGAAGUUUGCCCAGUCGACCAACCUUAAGUCCCACAUCCUCACACAUGCCAAAGCCAAAAACAACCAAUGAACCCCUUGUUUUGACCCCAAACCCCAACCACGUCAGCAUCUUCUGAACACAAGAGAAACCUCCUUUGAGGAAAGAAUGACAUGAUUGAGACUGAUUUGAAAGGGAAACAGGAAAAUUAGGUCUCAAAAUUGUGACGUUCUUCCAGUAGCAUUUUUUCUUCCUGUUCUAUUGGCUGAAGAACACAGGGACUCUUCAAUAAGCCCCCACCCACUUUCUGUAGUGGCAUGUUGUUGCCAGAAGGAUUGAGCUUGUGGAGAAACAUCAGAGACUAUUCUUUUUACCACAGAACUGAGAGAGCAAUCUGUUUUCACUUAAAAUUUAUUUCACCAAUCUGCAUAGCUUUUCAUUUCUAUUUUUCCAAGUGUGCAUAUUGUACACUUUUUGAAAUGUAAAGAAACUAUUUGUGACUAUUUUUUUCUGAGUAUUGAGCUCUACUUGAGGUACUCAGAGAAGAGAAGUGAGUUACUGUUCACAUCCUUAAAAUAUCUUAUGUAAGAGAAAGUUAUGUUUGAAUUUCCACCCCUAUUUUUUGGUUUGCAUUGUUCUAACCAUUCGAUAACCUUGUAUACUUGUAUUGUAAGGUUGUAUUGAAAUUAUGUAGACAUAGAGGCGUGAUUUAAAGUGUUAAUCAAUUAAACUUUUAGUCAUGGUUUGCUUUAUAUUUUUACGGAUUGUCUUAUACAGAUAAAUGAGUACUGUUACUUUUCUCUGAGCCUGUCUCUUUAAGUACUCAAAAAACGCUUAAUAAAUCAACGGCGUGACCAUCACUUUCUGUGUUAGAAUGUAUAUGUACAGGCGUCAUAAACGUUCUUUUGUUGAUAUUUACAACCAUGUAUUUCAAUGACCCACAAUAAAAAGGGUCACCCCUGUUCCCUUUAAUAGUG